AUGGCAAAACGGCCUCAGCUGUGCCUUUUUCUUUUGCUGGCACACCAAGUACCAGCGCUGACAGCGACCCCGGAGGGACUGAGGGUUAGGCAGCAUCCUCCAUCCCUCAGUGUGAUACGGGGUGAGACGGCAACUCUGUCCUGUCAUUUCAAAGUUGAAUCCCUAAAGUAUGGAGUUCAGUGGUUCAAGUCAGAACAGCAGCUCAUCUCAAACUCAUCCAGGCAAAUCGUUGUGGCAAAGAAUCAAACUUCCUCCCUGGUGAUCACUAACACUACAAUUCAGGAUUCUGGGUGGUAUUACUGCGAGGUGAACGUCCUGAAGAAGGACCCAGAGUGGGGCAACGGCACCAAGCUGGUCGUCUUGGCACCACCUUCUGCCCCAAAAAUAUACCUCCAGAUUCCCCCAGAACCGCACACCGAUCAGUGGGCUCUCCUGUGCCUCACCGGAGGUUUCUACCCCAGUAGACUCACUCUCACCUGGACCUACCAAAGCGCAGCAGCCGUUAUUGAUCACCUCUCAGUCACCAAUUGCACCCUUCCUGCUGAGAAGCCUCACAGCAACCUGUCUGAACAUCCACCCAAUGAAGCCCUGCUGUCUUCGGAUUUGUUGGUGAACUCUGAGCCUCGGCGCCAGUCAAAGUGUCUCCAGGUGAUGGACAACCACAGCCGGGAAAUGUAUCUCCUCAGUGUUUUUUCUCUCCCAAAUAAGCAGUCCUUAAAAACAGGGAUAACCUUCACGUGUUGGGUCCAGGACCACCCUGCCCUGACAACUCCUCUGAUUGCCUCCUUCACUUGGGCUGUCCCACCUAAUGAGCUGAUUUUAUACUUGAACAUUGCAAAGAUGUGUUUCCUCUCUACAACGAUCGCUGUUUUUUUAAUGGGAGCACUCAGAAAUAUCUGGGCGAAGGGAAAAUGAUAUCUGCCACGAAAGACAAAAUGAAAUAGGAGAGAAAACGAGAAAGGAUCGCCGGCUGUUCAGCUGAGCUCUUCUCAUCAGACCAACCUUUUACAAACAGCAUUAUACAAAUUCAACUCAUCAGGAAAAGAAAAAACAAUUAUCAGUGAAUGAUGUACAUAGGUCUGUCUCACUUUUUCAUGUGAAAAAUUCACCAGAUUUUAAACCACAUCUAGAUGUAUGCAUAUUCGGCUCUUUCAUAGUGUAUAAUCUGUAAUCGCUGAUGUAUACAAGUGAUUCAUCCCUGUAACUUUUUAUCCUAUGGCAUGCUGACUCGCAGAUUUUUGGAUUUGUUCGUCGUGUCAGUGGUUGUUAACCCACACGUCUUAGUCAUUCACUGGGGUCUGUUUGUCAAAAUGAAUGAUUCAUGCACGAUCCACCUGUCAAACAGAUACAGUGAUCGGCUCAACCUCUGUGCAGGCCUAAUCCUCGCUAAACAGGAUUACAGCCGAUGCCAGCGCUUGCUUGUGUGAUAGCAUUGUUUAUGUUUGCAGCGUGUGGGGUGAGAUCUUGAUUCACUUUUUGGAGGAAGUUCAUUUUAAAUUUAGGCCUGCCCAC